AUGGCGGUAAAAGCAAAAGAGAUGUUUAUUUAUCUCUUUUUAGAAAAGAUACGACAACUGAUGAUAGAAAUAGACAUCCAGGUAACUUCACUGGAAGCAGAGGUCCCACCUGAGUCAGUGAGAGAAAAAACAGGCAUGCCAAAGGUGAUAAGCACUGAUGUUCCUUUAAAUAGACAGAAUAUGAUCUCAGCUGUACUAAAAGGAAAUGUUGCUGAAGUGAACUGUAACCUCAACUGUUAUGUGACAUCUUUACUUUCCACCCAAAAGGGAGAUGAUGAUUAUGAAGAUUACACUUCAAAUAAGACUUGGGUUUUGACUCCCAAAGUCCAUGAAAGUGACGUCACUCUUAUUUUAAAUGGCUUGCUGGAAGGAUAUGACAACAAGUUGAGACCUGACAUAGGAGUUAAACCGACAGUAAUUCACACUGACAUGUAUGUAAAUAGCAUCGGGCCUGUGAAUGCUAUCAAUAUGGAAUAUACAAUUGAUAUAUUUUUCGCCCAAACGUGGUAUGACAGACGUCUGAAGUUCAACAGCACUAUCAAAGUGCUCAGAUUAAACAGCAACAUGGUUGGGAAGAUCUGGAUACCAGAUACAUUUUUCCGAAAUUCCAAGAAAGCAGAUGCUCAUUGGAUAACAACUCCUAAUAGGAUGCUCAGGAUCUGGAAUGACGGCAGAGUGUUGUACACAUUGAGGCUGACUAUUGAUGCCGAGUGUCAGCUACAGUUACACAACUUCCCAAUGGAUGUCCAUUCCUGUCCCCUGGAAUUCUCAAGCUAUGGCUACCCAAGAGAAGAGAUCAUUUACCAAUGGAAGCGCAGCUCAGUGGAGGUGGGGGACACCAGGUCCUGGAGGCUUUACCAGUUCUCCUUUACAGGAUUAAGAAAUACAACUGAGGUGGUGAAGACUACUUCAGGAGACUAUGUAGUCAUGUCUGUUUACUUCAACCUGAGCAGGAGAAUGGGUUAUUUCACUAUUCAGACCUACAUUCCCUGCACACUUAUUGUUGUGUUGUCCUGGGUCUCUUUCUGGAUUAAUAAGGAUGCAGUUCCAGCCAGAACAUCACUGGGUAUUACAACUGUCCUGACAAUGACCACCCUAAGUACAAUUGCUCGUAAAUCUCUUCCCAAAGUCUCCUAUGUGACAGCAAUGGAUCUUUUUGUGUCAGUCUGCUUUAUUUUUGUUUUCUCUGCACUGGUGGAAUAUGGAACUUUGCACUACUUUGUGAGCAACAGAAAGCCAAGCAAGGAUAAAGACAAAAAGAAGAAGAAUCCACUUCUUCGGAUGUUUUCCUUCAAGGCACCUACAAUUGACAUCCGGCCACGAUCAGCUACUAUUCAAAUGAACAAUGCUACACACCUCCAAGAAAGGGAUGAAGAAUAUGGGUAUGAGUGUCUUGAUGGCAAGGACUGUGCCAGUUUUUUUUGCUGCUUUGAGGAUUGUCGAACGGGAGCAUGGAGACAUGGAAGAAUACAUAUCCGCAUUGCCAAAAUGGACUCCUAUGCCCGCAUCUUCUUCCCAACUGCCUUCUGUUUGUUUAACCUGGUGUAUUGGGUAUCGUAUCUUUACCUUUAAAAGCAGAGGGAAAUCAGUGAUAUGAGCCUUACUCACUGAAUUUCUUAGAGAUAUGGUUUCCUACGUCCACUUGAAGUAUUUACGAUGCGCUUUAUAGUGGUCUGAAUUCUUUAGUGCCAUAACCCAGUAAACAUCAAUCAUAUCAUUCGUCCAAAAAUUGCCAUAAGGUUAUAGUGAAUUAAAUGUCUGUUCAACAUGCCGAAAUAAUUUGAAAUAAAAAUCAUAAAACAGGUAAUACACAGCUAUACCUGCUGGAAUAGAGAGAAACAGAGCAGACAGGGCAAGAGGAGCACGGCAACAUCACUUAAUAGUUGGUACUGCUAUUUCAAACAGGAGAGAGAGAGAGAAGGAUUCCCAAGUAAAGUGCUGUACAGUUUGUUAACAUUGGCUAUAAUUAUGCUAUAGCUUUAUUCUCUGUGGGCUUUUCUUUUUGGAAGAGUCAUCUCUCACUUUGAAU